GUUAUGCCAGGAUUGAUUAACGAAUCUGCCCAAAACUAAGCUUUCUUAAAACAGGCUGAACGCCAGAUCAUUAUUAUGUUCUCUAACUACCUUCAUUUUUAUCGAAUAGGAUGUCGUUUGAGCAACUUCUGGACAAGAAAUGGCACCAUAUCUGUGCCACGUGGAAUGGAGAAAGCGGUGUGGUCAUGCAAUACCUCGAUGGAGUCAAGAAACAAGCUGGAACUGGCCUGGUCUGGGAGUAUGAGGGCGGAGGAACUCUUAAGAUGGGAGACUCCACCUCUUUCCCUUACGAUCUUUCUAGCUUUAACCUUUGGGAUCAGGUUCUCGCCCCUGAAAACAUCAAAGACAUGUCUAAGUCAUGUCUUAGAGGCAUUGGAAACGUCAAGAGCUGGCUGGACUUCAAAGACGCAGCCAGAGCAAAAAGAACGUUACAAGUGGUGAGUCCUUCUGUCUGUACCAGCCCUUCCCAGCCCAGUACUGACGAGCCCGCGGAAGAGCCUCAGUUUAACUACUCGUCCCCAUGGAAUAAUGGUACCCAUCCCGUAGGGCCUGUCGGUAUGGAUGCGGUUGACGAGCCCGAAUAUCGCACUCUCCCCAACCCACCUCCGUGGAAGAAAGGCACUAGCAGUGGAAAAAAUUCCUUCUAAGUCAUGUUCGCGAUCAGGAGUUUCAUCGUUGAUUUAACAUGCAGCUCAGCUGACCACAAAGAUGCAAAAGGCUAAGCUCAUGCUACUCGCCAGCUUCUCGACCCCGGAGCCACGCACACUUUUUGUGACGUAAAAGGAAGAGGGUCCUGGGACGAGAAUGAGUGUUUCAGGAUAUAAUGAAUUUACGAACAAUAAAUCAAUUUAUAAACUGCC